UUGCCUCCCUCUCCACAACACCACAGUAGAUAAGCACAGGCAGCAUGCCUUGGCUUUUGCCAUGCCGAGCACAGACGAGCCAUGACCAGAUGCAAUUGGGAGACAGCAUAAAUUGUGUGAUCCCACAUGCUGCAGUGCCCCACCACCCUCACUCCUCUCUUCUAUCUGUGUCCAAUUUUGCAACCUCCUGGAGGGGGAGAGAGCGGUUGAAUUGAAGAAAAACUUUAGUUUCAUUUGUAUGUAUGCAGCAGCAGGAAACCUUGCAGCUAGGCCCCUCACACUGGAGAUCUUCCCUUCAUGGCCAAUGAGUCAUCUACAGCAGCCAUACAGUCAGGGUAACUCGCACUCAGUAGGGAGCACCACUGACUCGAGCUCGGGUCAGAACACUAUGCCGCAGGCCGAGUUGGUGUCCCCAGGAAGCAUGAGGGCCGACUCUGGGCAGCAACAGGAGGUUUUGAUGGUGACCGUUGAUGACUACAACUACGAGCAGGGACUAGGAUCGGCAGCAACCACCGCUCCAAUCUUUCAGCAGCAUACAGCAUGCCAAGACAAGAGGAAGAAUGGAUCCACAGGGAAAGAUGGCAAACUCUUAGACGCCAAGACUGAAAGGCGAUUGGCUCAGAACCGAGAAGCUGCAAGAAAGAGCAGGCUGAGAAAAAAGGCCUAUGUGCAGCAGUUAGAGACAAGUCGGAUUAGGCUUCAACAAGUCGAGCAUGAACUACAGGGGGCACGUUCACAGGGCCUGUUCCCAGGAGGAGGCAGCGCAUCCGGAGAUAGUAGUUCUGGCGCUGUGAUGUUUGACAUGGAGUACGCCCGAUGGCUAGAAGAUGACAGCAAUCUCAUGAUGGAGCUCCAGGGCAUUAUGCAGGCUCAGAAUCUCGACGCAAACCUUGAUGCCAUUGUUGAAGAGUGCGUGCGGCACUACGACGAGCUGUUCCACCUGAGGGCUAUGCUUGCAAGAUCCGACGUGUUCCACCUGAUGACUGGCUUGUGGGCGACGACGGCUGAGCGAUGCUUCCUCUGGAUGGGCGGGUUCCGUCCUUCUGAAAUCCUCAAGAUGCUGAUACCUCAGCUCGAUCCACUUACGGAGCAGCAGCUGCUGGGGAUGUGCAACCUGCAACGGUCGUCGGAGCAGACCGAGGAGGCGCUCGUGCAAGGGCUCCAGCAGCUGCACCAGUCGCUGGCGGACGCGGUGGGCGCGAGUCCUCUCAGUGACGGCGCAAGUAUUGGCAACUACACCGCUCUCAUGGCCCUAGCGCUUGACAGGCUCGACACCCUCGAGAGCUUUUAUCGUCAGCUACUUGAUGCUAGCUUUCUCGAGGAAUUGAUAUCUGGAAAGGUCCAGCAGAAGCAAGGUUCUUUUCAUCAGUCACGCAAAACAACAAAUGCGGACAACCUGAGGCAGCAGACCUUGCAGCACAUGCGGCGGCUCCUGACCACCCGGCAGGCGGCGCGGUGCUUCCUCUCCAUCGGCGAGUACCGCCGCCGCCUGCGCGCCCUCAGCUCCGUCUGGGCCUCAUCACGUCCCCGCGAGAGCUUCGUCGCGGCAGCGGAGAACGUCAGCCCUACAGCUACAGGGACGGCCGAGCAAGCCGUCCAUCCGUACAGCAACCACAGCCAGUUUUCCGGUUUCUGAAGGUUCUCUGCCUCUCCGGUAGUAGGGCGCGGAUUCUGCCGUCGUCUGCGGCAGCGAGGGGACAGAUUGUGCUAAUGCUCCAUGGUUAUUAACAUAGUAAUUCUAAUUCGUCGAGAAUGGAACAUCGAAUCCGUAUUCGGUGGCAUCACUUCGGAAAGAAAAGAGAGCAGAAGAAAAGGUUGUAGGCCAGUGGGUGAGUUGUGUUGUGAUGGCUCUCGAUCUUGCAGUGGCUUGCUUUUGUUCUUGUUCC